CUCCAGUAAUCACUAAUAAAAAGGAUAAAAUAAUUGAGGCAUUAGUAAAACAAGUGCAACAACUAUCAGUUAACUAUGUUGUGGCAAAUAACCAACAAGAAAAGAAUACACAUGAAAAAGAAAAGUUUAAGAAGAACUCCAAGCCCAGAAAAGAAAUCAGUUAUUACUGGUGUGGCAAGAGAGGACACAUUGUGAGAUACUGCAUGUCAGAAAAGAAGUUCAGGGAACCUAAUAAAGAGAAAAGAUGA